GUGGAGGCGUAGAGCUUGGAGAUUGAUGCUUUACGAAGAGAUCUACGAAUAUUCGCAUUUUCUGUCGAACUUAAUGAGCUUAGGGUUUAAAUUUGCUAAAAAGAAGGGGCGAUGGCGCCCAGCUGGGUGUUUCCAAUGCUCCCUCGCGACAUUGUGGAUCAAGUCGACUAUCUUCUCCAGAACUCUUUGCUGCCCAUACAGGUCGAUGGCUUCCGGAAGAGCCACGAGUCGCACAGUUUCUUCGAUCGCUUCUCUGUGCUCAUUCCUUGCUUCCUUGAACCGGUUCGAUGGGAAGUGAUUUUCAGCUGUCAGCAUCCAUACUGGCCACCGGAUGUGAUUUUCGCUGCCCACGACUCGGAUUUUCAGCCACUUGCCACGAACUCUUCGAUUUCCUCCAUUUUGAAAGGCUGGGACUCGAAAGAUCCUUCCACACUUCUCAGGUUCCUCGUUGAAUUGCGGAACGAGUAUCUUCAGUAUCAACGCAAGCGAGUGGAAGAGCUCAAGGAUUCUCGUCUCCAUUUCGAGGUUAACACACUCGAGAGCAUUGAGGAUCUUGAAAUGGGACUCGUCACAGAUGGAGACAAUGCGCGAGUCAUCUUUUCCAUUCCACUCCACGAACUGGAUCUUUCGAAGCUAGCAAGACAGAGUCGCCUUUUGCUACAGCCGCCUAAUACCGGCGUAGUGCUGCAAGUGUGCUAUCCAGUGCAGCGGGAGUUCACUUCUUCGUCAGCUGUUCCUCUGAUUAAACUCCACGCUCCAAACGUUCUCAGGGAGGUUUUCAAGGUGGAGGAUGUUAGGCUCCCCGCUUGGACGGACAGCAUGUGCUUAGCCGAGUACAUUCCCAAGUUGCUGGAGUUGCUACAGUCACAAAUAAUCGAUGCUUGCGCGUCUCUGACGCUCAGGAGAAAUUUCAUAGAAGCAUUGGUUCCGGUCUUUGGAAGGCCUCUUGAAGCUGAAACGGAUUUUGGCAGAAAGGUUUCCAUGAUAGCCUCGGCUGGCGUUUUCACCUUCUUGAUCCACAUCUCUCUACCGUUGCAGUUUCCAAAGGUCCAGCCCACCUUGCUGUUGCAAAGCUCACAGCACUUCGACUCGCAAGGACGGCCAAUCUCUCGAGCAUACGAGGAUUACCCUUGGAGUCCCCGCUGGGAUCCAAGUGAGAUGGUGUCCCGGAUAUGUGACUUCAUCACUGAGGAGAAUGCUUCUUUCAAGCAGUACUGCAACGAAAGCUUGCAAUACCACUAGCCAUCUCGCUGGGUCACCUCCUCUAAUGACAUAGGAAAAGUCUUGGAUCCCUCGCAUUGCAUGAACGUCCAGGCAGCGAUCAUGGAUUGCGAGACGAAGAAUUUGUCCCUGCCCAAUCCAGAUGCGGGGUACUGCUCGCGAUGCCACCAGGUUUCAAGAAUUGCGGCUAUUGAUUGGGCCAUGUACGGAGGGAAUACAACCCUCUUCUUUUGAGGUAUGAGUUGGAGCGCUCCAUUUCUUUGCUCCUGCAGACGAGUGACAUGCAUCUUUGAUUUCUUUGCCUCUUUCUUCUUUGUUUCUUCCACUUUUCUCUACUUCUCUCUGGGUUGAGUGCUAUUGUUUAGCAGGAGCAAGUUCUCCUUGGUAGGGGCUGUACAAUUUAAAGGGUUCCUUUACCCGGUUUAAUGACUGCAUUCCUAGCAGAAGAGUCAAAA